GGGGAGGUGGGGUCUUUGGGUUCUCGGGGAAAUCCUAUUAGUGGUCCGGGUGCUUUAGCAGAAUGGGCAGCCAAAACUGUGAUAUUUCAGUUUCUGGAAUAGCAGAGUGGAAGCUUGGAAAUUAAUCCGUACAUUUGCCUACAUAUGAGAUUGAACACUAUUGGCUGUUAAUUGACUAUGCCACUACAGAAAGAGAUCCUGAGAGAAGUGUGGACUGAGAAAACACUUCACAAUGACACAAAGAGGAGAGAGCAACAGAAUAUAUGCAUCAGAAGCCUAAAAAGAAGAAAGCUGAGUCUAUUCCCGCAGAGAGCAAUGGGACAGAAACUAAAUCCAAAAAAAGCAAGGAUAAAAAAAAUGGAGACCUGUCAACAGAGAGCAGCCCCGCCACUCUAAAAAAUGGUGAAAAAGUGAAGAAAAAGAAAACUGAAAAGGAAAAAGAAAAGGAGUCCUCACAGAAGGAAAAGACUGAGCCUAAAAAGAAAGCCAAAAGUGCCCCAAAGAAGAAGAAGAAAAGUUCGACGGAUGAUGAAGAUAAUAGCGAUGGUGAAGAAGAAAUGGCAACACCCCAGAAGAAAACAAAAUCAAAGUCCUCAAAGGACGGUUCUGAUGGCAAAGAAAAAGACAAGGACAAGAAAUCUAAACAUAAAGAGGAAAAAGAAGACAAAGACAAUAAGGGAAAGUCCCAGACCAAAAAGAAGGAGCCAGCCUCUAUGUUCCAGAUAAAUGGAGACAAAUCUACCACUAAGGCUAAAAAGAAAGCUGCCAAAUCAGACAGUGAAGAGGUGAGUGAGCCAGAAAGCAAAACCAGCAAGAGCAAGAAAAAGAGCAGUUCGAACCCAGGCUCUAUGUUCCAGGCUAGCAGAGAAAAGGAUAAAGACAAGGACAAGGACAAGAAGUCUAAAAAGUCCAAAAGUCUGGCAAAAGCAGAAGAGAGCGAUGACUCAGAGUCUGAGGUGUCAAAGAAGAAGAAAAAGGGAAAAGGCAAAAAGGGGAAAAAGGAGGAACGAGCCCCUUCACCAGUCAUUGAGUUUGAUGACCUGGAAGAGUUUGUGCUUCAGCCAGCACAGCAGGGCAUCACAGUGAAAUGUAAAGUGACCCGUGACAAAAGAGGAAUGGACCGGGGCCUUUAUCCCACUUACUACCUUCAUCUAGACAAUGAAAAGAAGCAGGUCUUUUUGCUGGCGGGGAGAAAACGCAAAAAGAGCACGACCUCCAACUACUUGAUCUCAAUUGACCCCACUGACCUCUCUAGGGGGGGUGAAAACUACAUAGGAAAAUUAAGGUCCAAUCUGAUGGGCACUAAGUUCACAGUAUUUGAUAAUGCUGUUCAUCCUGACCGAGCACUUCCUGAUAUGUCGAAUGCUAGGCAGGAACUAGCAGCCAUUAUUUAUGAGACCAAUGUGCUGGGAAUGAAGGGUCCAAGAAGGAUGACUGUCAUUAUCCCUGGCAUGGACAAGGAUGGAGAACGAGUACCCAUACGGCCACGCAGUGAAAAUGAUGGCCUUCUGAUUCGACACCAAAACAGGAACAUGGAGAAUCUGAUAGAGCUUCGCAACAAGACACCUGUGUGGAACGAGGAGACGUCGUCUCAUGUGCUCAACUUUAACGGCAGAGUCACGCAAGCCUCUGUCAAAAACUUCCAGAUUGUUCACAGCAAAGACCAGGACUACAUAGUGAUGCAGUUUGGGAGAGUUGCAGAUGAUGCCUUCACCCUGGACUAUAACUAUCCUCUGUGUGCAGUGCAGGCCUUUGCUAUUGCCCUCUCUAGCUUUGAUGGCAAAAUCGCCUGUGAGUGACAGCUUCAACCAUCAAAAGUGUACUCUUCACCACUAUGCUUCUAUAUGUCUCUGAAAAGACUGAAAGCCAUCGAUCUAGAAGCUAUAUGAGAAUAUUGAUGAAAAGUCUGCAGUUCUCACCUGCUAUUCUCAAAUAAUGAAGUCUAGGAAAAUCUCAGGUGGCACACAUUCUGAAGGCUCUUUACAAGAGAUGGAGGUUUUGACAAGAAGGCAAGGGCAGGUUUUUUUUCUGUUAAAUCUGAAAGAUAUAUUGAGUCACAGGUCAGAAUAAUAUGACACAGGUCAUUUAACAUGCAUUAAUUGGAUAUUUGUGAAGAGACAAGAAGUAUGAAAUGAGUCUUUCGAUGCAUCAGGAAACUGCAUGCUAUAGUUAUUUUACAAUACACAUUUCUAAAGUAUAACUUAGUCAUAUUAGAGAAUUGAGAAUUAAUAACAGUAUUUUGUUUUGUUUGUUUUUUCAAGUCUUGAAAGUGUUAUAUGAUUGCUUUAAUUUCAUCUUGUUAAAUUGUCAAUUUUGAUAUUGUAUGCAUUAUCUGUGUUUGUUUUCCUUGUUUUUCUUUUUGCACAUCCUCAAACAGAUGUCAUUAUAUCCAUAAAUAAUUUCCGUAUUGUAGGACUGAACUUAUUUUUGUGUUGAUGGCCUUUUUAAUGUUUUAUUAUGUCAUCAUUGGUUUAUGGUCAUGAGACAUAUUCCUUCCCAGUUUUGGGAGGGAUAGGAGAUUUUACAUAGAAAAUGAAAGAAGAUUUUAUGUUUGCAUAAAAUAUUUCUGUACAAAGCUUAUUUCUUUCCCCCCCUUUUUUCGUUAUUUCAUUCUUACUAUGGUCCUGGGGGGAUGGAGUACAGCAUAGUUUGAUGAUUUCCCUGUUUGGUGACUCCAGCUCUCCAGUACCACAGCUGUGCACCUCUGGGUGAUUCCAUGACUGGGGUUACCUAAGAGAGUUGUGUUUUUUUUUAGCAUAGAAUUAACAAAUUCACAAAAUGUCAUGAGGACAUUAAGGACAUUUUAAUUAUUUACUUUUUUCUUUAAUAAUUUGCUUUCAGUCUAUAAUUUGGGUAGUCAAUGUCAAUUGUCAAUUGUCAAUUAUAGUCAAUUGUCAGUCAAUGUCGCAGUAUCAUUGAAAAAAGAAAGAGAAAAGUUUCUUCCUCUCACGAUCUUCAGGGAAUUCGGAUGACACAAUUUCCUGCUGAACGUGUGGAAUAUUUCAAAUAUUUUGUGUUUUAAAAUAUGAAAUCUAUUAAUCUAUAAAUGUGGGAUCUACAUUUUUCAUGACCUGGAUGAGUCAAGGAAAAACGCCGCUUUCUAAGUGGUGUAAGUUUUAUCCACGUUUUAAGUUAUUUCUCUGAAACAUGCACAUAGGUUUUUUGUGAAGGAUACUUUAUCUAUGUUUAAAAUGUCUUUUACUUUUAGUUUACAUACAUACGGUAUUUGUAAAUGUAAUAUCAGUGGGACAAAAAUGGCACCCCAGUCACUGAAUCACUCCUCUGACUUAAACUAAUCCCUUCAGCAUUGGAUGCGAUUUCAAUUCAAAAAGCUAUGAUUAAAAAAUGUGGUGCACCCAAAACUGUCUGUCUGUAGGAACCGUACACUCCUGGGUAAAAAAAAAAUUGCUCAGCCCAAAAUGGCAAAAAUAUUAGGCUUUUAAUGGUCUUAACAACAAAUCAUUGGUCAUUUGGUCAAGAAAUGAGAAAGAAUGAAACAAAUAGAUAAAUGAAGUUAGUAUGGGAAGCUUUUCCCUUUGGUUUCUUUAAAUGUUUAAGCCUUGUGGCUCUUGAUGAGCUGCAUCAGGUGCGGCAGAUAACCAAAUAAUCACUAAUCUUUUAAGAAAAAAAAAACAUCCCAGAAGAUAUUUUUUGGAAAAUUUUGUACACUCAGUCAGACAUGUGUUAGCUUGAAUUGUAUGUAGAAUUUUAAUCAUUAGCAUGAUUUUACCUUUGCGUACAAGAAGACUAUAUAAGUGAAUUUCCCUGUUUCUAGCUUUUCCCCAAACAAACAGUUCACUGCAGCAAAAGUAAACCAGCAAAUGGAGGCACACGAGCUCUCAGGAGUGCAUUUGCUUAAUUCUUGCUCAUUUUCUGACCAAUGAUUUGUCGUUAAGAUCAUUAAAAGCUAAAUAUUUGCCAUUUUGGGUUUGACCCAUUUUUGUUUUGCCCAGGGGUGUAUAUAAUGAAGAUAGUCAAGGGCCUCAGGGGUGUUCAGCUAGUUGGCAGACUCGCACAUUUGAGAAUGUUUUGUCAAGGAUGUGAUAGCUUUGAAGUUUUUACACAAAAGUAUUCUCCUUGAGGCAGUUAAUAAGUUGAAUGUUACUAACUUUUUUGAGGUGCAGGUUUCCAGCUCAGCCAACAGACGGAGCUAUAGGUUUCUAAAAGGGUGAGGGGAGAACUGUAGUGGGAAAAAAAGAAAGAAAGAAAAAGAAAUAUAUUCAUUUUAGGCUCUCUUCCAGAGCAUUACAUCACUGAGUUGAACUGCUCUGCUCUCUUGAGACAAAGUGGCAAAGCAAACCGUGAGGAACUUUCGGUGCUUACUCAUUACUCUGGAAUGCUGACAAAUUCUCAGUGAAUUCCUGGACAAGUUUGUCCUUCUAAGGGUUUGGGAGCUGCUCAUAUUCACAUUGCUGCUUUCAUUCAAGACUUCAUUGAAUUUCAGUCCAAAUUCACCAGCUGCUCUCGUCGGUUCUCUGUGCAUGAAUGUUAUCACAAUAUCCUCAAAAAUCCAUGCUUUUAAACCCACAACUCUGUCUUCUGUCUUCAUUCUGUUUUAACUCAGAUUAUUCAGUUUACUUCUUGUGAUUGAGGUUGGGUUAUGCUUUAGCAAAAUAUACAAAAUGUUUUUAAUGAC